CAAUGUGCCGUGACUGUGUUUGAUGAUGGAGGCAGAUGGAAGAAUGAGAACUGUGAUGAAAGAAAACCCUUCAUCUGUUAUGAUGAUAAUGUGAUCCUGAUCAAAGAAAAGAUGAACUGGGAGGACGCCUUGUACUACUGCAGAGAUCAUCACCAUGACCUGGUCACCAUCACCAACAUGGAUGAUCAGAGAUGGAUCCAGGAGAAAGUCAAGAAGGCAUUGACUGGUUAUGUCUGGAUGGGUCUGCGUUACACCUGCACUCUGGAUUUCUGGUUCUGGGUCAGUGAUGAGGUGGUCAGAUAUAAGAACUGGGCCUCAGGUGAACCGAUGGAUGACUGUGACAUGUCAGGAGCCAUGGAGACGGGAGGAGAACAUCAGUGGAAGAGGAAAAAUGACCUUGAGAAAUUUAAUUUAAUCUGUUCCAAGAGUUAA